AUGGUUAUACAUAACUCUAAUGACUCCAUAAAAUGGAAUAUUUGGCUUUUUUGGAAUUCAUCUCUAUCAAGGCCAGUAGUGCUUUCUUCCACAAAUCAAGCCAUUACUGUUCAAGUGGGGGAUGUUAUGGUCACUGGAAUUCAUGCAGCUUGUCUCACUGUUCAUAGAAGAGAUUUAUGGGAAGAAUUAUUUAAUAUUAGUCAAAGGGACUGCCCCUGGAUGAUAAUUGGGGACUUCAAUGUAUUUUUUUUAUGUGACAUUGAUAAGGCCUUUUACAAUCUUAAAUGGCUGGAAAAGUUUGAUGGUUGGUUUUAUAAAGUAGGAGUUAGAGGUACAUCAGAUCAUGGACCUUUAUUUGGUUCUACUGUCAAUAUUUGUAAACCAAUAAAUGAUCCUUUCAGAUAUCAAAAUAUUUGGGCUUCUCAUCCAGGAUUUCUUGGUAUAAUUAAAGAUGCAUCGAAUGAAGCAAUAUCAGGUAAUCCAGCCUUUUCUUUCAUGAGCAAGCUAAAGAGGUUAAAGAAAAUACUGAAGAAGUGGAACUGGGAAGUAUUUGGUGAUCUCAGAAUUAAAAUGAAGACUACUGAGGAUGAAGUACUUGCUGCAACCUUAUUGUCAGAUGCAGAUCCUGAAAAUUCUGAAUUACUAAAUAAUCUUGUUACAUCAAGGGGAAAACAAGAAAUUGUUUCAAAACAAUAUAAUGAGUUAAUGAGGGACAAAGCCAGAAUUAAGUGGGUCAAGAAAGGUGGUGCUAAUACAGACUUCUUUCAUGCUUCAAUUAAAAUAAGGUAA